UCGACUGAAAAAAUCCAGUGAUUUUCUAUUUUAUUUAGUAAGACUUACUUCAAAUUGCUUCAAAAGUAUGAAUUUUGUUGAAUAUACGUAACGUAAUAUAACUUAUUAAUUAUUUUCCAAAAAAAAUGGGAAUUUCAACUCAGUGACUUCAAAGAAACGGUUCUAAAUGGUUUCGUGUAAAUAUAAUAAUGAAGGAUAUUAUAAAAUUGUGAUUAAAUAGUGAUUGUGAUUAAAGGCCUUUUUUAAAAGACCUCAAUAUGGCUACACAACCUUUUCAAAGACGAGAUUGGAAGCAAAGACUUAGUCUUCGGGGAUCGAGAAGAAAUCCAGCAGCCGAGGAAUCGGCAGUCUUCCGCCCUCGUCUAACCCGCCGUUGCGCCUCUCUUCGGCAAUGUUCCCGCGCCGGAACGGAUUCGCCCGUCUUGCACGGUCGCCGGUUGCACGGCGGUUCGGCCACGGGUAAUCUGUCGGGUUCCAUGGGUCACUCGAACCUUUCGGGGACCCCUGGAACGCCGCCAAUGCCGAGGAGGAGCAACUGGGAGGUCAUUGAACACUUUUCGUCUACUAGGGGCAGGCCGAGCGUCAGCUCUAGCUUGAUAGCAGCUGGUGUAGCUAGAGGUAUUUUAGAAGAAAGUGAACAUGGUGGAAGUAGUGCAGGAAGUCCUGUCAGUUUACCAGCUGCUCCAACAGGACGAAGGGAUUUAGAAGCAGGAGUCAAGGAACCACUUUUAUUAGAUGGAAAUGCAGCUGAAAAGACCCGAAGCAAUUCUAGACGUGGACCACUUUGUGAAAAAUUGCGUUCGCUUGUUCGGAGGCUGUGUGGGACACCUCAAUUUAGAAAUUUACAGGUGGAGAUGCUCUACCAGCGCUAUUUCCUUAGAAUGAACCAAAGUAACAUGACGCACCUCUUAGGUCUUUUAAUAAGUUUGGCAGCCGGAUUGGCCCUAGUGCACGGUGCUGCCCUCUGGACACACGGAGUAGAGUCGAACUAUCAAGACCCUUUGUGGGACCUUAGUGGCCCAGAACAGGGAAGCAGACAACAAUUUAGGGAUUAUAUUGGGGUUGGGCUUAUGUUGACGUGCUGUGCCAUCAUUUAUGGAGGUUUGAUGGCUGUUCUGUCUAGACCGGCCCUGAACGAAAUUCAUUUGCUGGCCGUCUCCUACGUCGUCCUGGUCACGUUCCUAGGACUCGAGAUAUGUCUGGCACUAACGGCGGCCCCGAGGCGAAUAUCUUCAGGUGCCAGUUCGACUCUGGUCUUCGUGUAUCUGACCUACGCGGUGCUUCCAGUUCGCCUUAGGGAAGCCGUACUGGCCGGCAUUCUGCUUUCGGGGGCCCAUCUUUGGGCGGCCAUUUGUAUGAACCUAAAUGAUCAAAGGGACAUUUUAUUUUGUGACUUCCUGGUGUUGACUUGUGCCAAUUUGGCAGGAAUUUUUACGCAUUGGCCAAGGGAAAGGGCUCAAAGACAAGCUUUUUUGGAAACUAGGCAAUGUAUUGAAGCCAGACUGACAACUCAGAGAGAAAACCAACAACAGGAACGACUUUUAUUAUCAGUUCUUCCUCGACAUGUAGCAAUGGAAAUGAAAGCUGAUAUUGCAGGACAGCCUAAAGAAGCACAAUUUCACAAAAUUUAUAUACAAAGACAUGAAAAUGUUAGUAUUUUGUUUGCUGAUAUCUGUGGUUUCACUAGUCUUUCGGAUCAAUGUACUGCUGAGGAAUUAGUUCGGUUGUUGAAUGAACUUUUUGCAAGAUUUGAUCGCUUGGCUGCCGAACACCAUUGUCUUCGUAUAAAGUUACUGGGCGAUUGUUACUAUUGUGUUUCCGGGCUUCCGGAGCCGAGACCGGAUCACGCCCACUGUGCCGUCGAAAUGGGCCUCGAUAUGAUCGAUGCCAUUGCAUUAGUCCGAGAGGUGAUGGCAGUGAACGUCAACAUGAGGGUCGGCAUUCAUACCGGCCGUGUUCAUUGCGGUGUUUUGGGUUUAAGAAAAUGGCAAUUUGAUGUUUGGUCAAAUGAUGUCACAUUGGCCAAUUAUAUGGAAAGUGGAGGAAUACCAGGACGAGUUCAUAUAACUCGAGAAACUUUGCAAUGUCUUGAUGGUGAUUACGAGGUUGAAGAAGGUCAUGGUGGUGAAAGAAAUGGUUAUUUAAAGGAUCAUAAUAUUCAAACCUAUUUAAUUGUACCUGGAGAUACCUACAGACAACAGGAAAACAAACCGCAACAUUCGUUCUCGAUGAAUGGAAAUAUUUCAAAGGAAAUGCGAAUGAUGGGCCAUGGGUCGCAGUUGGGUUUUGGAGAACCUCCUGGUGAAGACAAAGAUCCUGAAGAUGAAGUAAAUGAGUACCUAAUGAGAGCAAUUGAUGCCCGAAGUAUAGAUCGUCUGAGAGCAGAACAUUGUCAAACAAUACUUUUGACUUUUAGGCAGAAGGAAGUCGAAAAAAAGUUUUGUUUGGAACCAUAA